CAGCAGGUGAUUCCGGGUCCCGUGCAGUACAAGAUAAAGUAGCCUGCCUACAAAAGGGAUUCAAACAGCCGGUGGCUUAAAUACACAGAAAACUAUCACAAUGCAGAUUUCCUCCCGAUUCAGGAGUGAUUCGGGGUGUAUGAACUCAUGCAGCGCUGCGUUUUGUUGUAUAGGAACCGAGAACCACUGGGACCGUCUUUCAACAAUUUAUAGCCAGGCACCAACAUAACUUUCCUGCAAUUGUAAAGGAACAUGCACAGCGUCUCUCUCUGCAUGGAUGCCCUCUGUGCCUCCUAUAACGACACAAACAGGAUGAAUUAGUCCAUAAAAUCUCAGAGAAAGUGUCCAUCCCAAUUUCCCAGAGCUCAAGAAGAAGUCUUUUAAAUGUCUGAUUAACAGUCCAAGUGCCAAACUAAGAGAUAUUCUAUUUAUAGUCAUAUAAAAUAAUGAAAAGCAGCAAAUCCUCACAUUUAGUGAUGGAAAAUGACUUAACGCAGAUGAAUUUUCUGAUCAUUGCAGCUCUAAUGUAAAGCUAAAUGUAUUACUGUAAGUAAAUGGAGCAAAGAAAAUCUUCCAGGGGAAACUCGACAAGUACAGACACAGUGUUAUAUCUCCUCCGAAUACAUAGAACAUUUCCUUCUGUAGAAAACUAUGAAUUCUACAUUAAAACUCAUUUAUUCCCAUAAUAACAUGUUAGUAAGAGUGUGGAAUAAGAACAGUAGGAAAAUAACGAACACAGAAAGAGUUGACUCAUACCCUUCAAAAUAAAAGUCCUGGACAUAAUUUAGGUACACACUACCACACAGCUGUUCCACAUGCACGAUGGACUAAUCUGCUGACUUUGUACUUCUGUUCAGUUUCAGGAGCUCCAAGUGGACAGGGAGAUGCUGCUGACGACCAACCGGAGCUUGGCCGAGGAGAGCCUCGACCGACGACCCCGCCUUAAUAACGGCAAACUCCAACUGGCGGAGAAAUACCGGGAACUGUCCAACCUGGCAACCACUUGCUGGGAAAAACGGAGUCAGCUUGAGACUCGUGGCCAGAAGCACAGCCCGCAUACGGCGCAGAACCUCCUGCAGGAAGAGGUGGCACGUGCUGAGGAGCAUUCAGAGGAGCUGCUGGAGAAGUUCAUGGAGGGAAACGUAAGCCUGGAUGAGUUCCUGGAUGAGUUCCAAAGCUCCAGGAAGACGUAUCAUAUCCGCCGGGCUCAAGCGGAGAAGAUGCAGGAGGUCGCGCAGGCCAAGCGGCAGCCGAGCAAAAGCAAGAGAGCGGAGGAGAGCAAGGAAGUGAGGAAGGACUCGGAGCAGCUGGAGCCUCAGCGGCCCAACGGCUUCGUAGCGCAGGGACCUCUUAGAGUGUUCCAGGUACGCUACGGCCUCACGCCAGCCAUCCUCCUCCCCCACUACCCCGUUUCUCCCACUCCCUCAGCUCCAGGCUAUCAAAGUAGUACGCCUCCACCUGAACCCCAGCUAGGACAGACCCACAUCCUCAGCUCCAGCGCCGCACUCCCAGGACACGGACAGCCGGUCGGCCUCAGGCUCAUCGGACAGUUACCGGGUGGCUGGCCGGCUCACGGGCGGCCGGUGAGAGUGCAGCAGCUUUACAGGCCGAACCCUCAACAGCCUGAACCGCCGUACCGAUAAGCUCGAGGAGGGGCGAAGAGGAAGAGGAGGAGGAGGAGGAGGAGGAGGAUGAAAAGCCAGUUUGAGAGGUCUUCAAAGACCAAACAGUGGCCGUCACAUUCAUGUAAGCAAAGACUGACCCAGAGACCGGCAGCACUGCAGACGUCCUUUUCUGUUCUCCAUCCAUGACACACAAAUGUAACCAGUCAGGCAGCAGGUGAGAGUAGGGAGGGGCUCCGACAGUCACAUUCAUUAAGCUCUUAACUCUCCUUAUUGUUUUCAUUUAUAAUGAAGAACUUCCACAUAUCCUGCAGAUGAUUCACGUGUUUGGGCUUUCGAGCGCCGUCACCAUUCCUGCCAUUGAUGGUGGAAGAGGAGAUGUCAGCCAGCCGUCCCCUCAACUCAUUCAGUCUCAACUCGCCCGUCUGAGGUUUAAACAUCAGAGAGGGAAGAAUAACAUUAAAGUUCUGCUUCAGUCUGUAUGUGGAAUUAAACUUAACUUUAUGAUUUAAAUCCUCAAACUUCAUGGUUUCUUGCAUUGUCACUUCAUAACAAGUUGGAAACAGGGUUAGGGUUAGGGUUAGGGUUAGGUCCACUGUAAACGUGGAAUCGUAAUACCAUGCAGGCGGUCCGCAGCAUCCCGCUCACAAUGUGAUCAAACCUCGUUACUAAUACUGGAGGUUUAGGAAAGUAACAUUUAUCUGGAGGAGUUUCAGCGGUGAAUUCACAAAACAACAUCUUUAGUAGCAGCGUAACUCUCAAAGCAUCCGUGACGCAGCGUCUUGGUGCUCCUGUGCACGUAUUUAUAGAAAAUAAAAAGUAAUAUGCUGACAAAUAAUAAGGUUAUUAUAUAAACAAGUUAUUUCUUCCCUCUGCAAAGAGAAAAACAACGGCAAAUUGAAUAAAUCUCGAUAAAAAAUGUAUUUUAAUGGCAUUUGAUGAUAUUUUCAACGUGGGGUUAUUUCUGCAGGAUGUCCUUUACGUGCACUUCUGUACGCCGGUUCACCGACAACUCUGAUUCAUGUGCAGGAAGCAGCUUCUGGUUUGAAAUGCUAAAAUGUAAAGUUUUCUACAUUUCAUAAUGUGCUCUCAUCACAGCCACAGGAUGAGAACGUUAGGCUUCAGUGUUUCCUCAAACUAAAGGUGAUGAAACAUCUUUUAAUUACGUGCACAUGUCUAACGGUAAAGCUGAGAGUCUAUAAGGGAUUCAAAAGGAUUUGGAUUUGAUAAAAGAUAUCGAUCCCUGUUAGUAAUUAUUUGUAUUAUUAUGUUUGAAUACUUUACGAGGAGGGUUGUGAAGCUCGUCUUCAUCGCCCAUUUCAAAAGAAAAGGAGCUCAUUGUUCUGGAGCGAGUCGUCAAAGUGUUUUAAUAUAAACUCCUUGUUGGUCAUCUCGUCAAAUAAAAAACAUUCCCAGGACUGAGUGCUGAUGUUCCACGGCUGCAGAGUUUGAACAAGGCAAACGGAGACGGUGGUAUUUAUUAAUAAUUCCCAGACCUGUCAACAUUAUCUGCAGUGUCGCCACAUGUGUCGGCGUCACAGAUGAUUCCCCCGAAGCCGUCUGCCUCGUGCGAUUUCAUGAACAGUGUUGGGAGCUCACACAAUUUAUUUAUUCAUGUAAAUCCUCUUUUAAAUGGCUGACUUCAAAGCGUCUUGUUUACCGUGCUAAGUGAGGAGCUGCUUCUCUCUUUCGAGGCAGCCAAUGUUUUUAUUUCUAACCCCUCCCUCUCUGAACUGAGAUGCAGAGUGAGGGGAAUUUAAUCUCUAUGAGAAUGCCGGCGCUCUGCAAGUCCACUGUCAGAUAUCAGGAGGUUUAGGAGGUUUCCUUCUCUUCAGCGUUUAAAGGGGAACGCUUGGAUUGUAGAAACGUUUUGCUCAUUAAAGGGAUAGUUCACAUUUGUUGAUGUCUGACUCAUUGACUCAAAGAACAUGGAGGUUGCUUGUCUUCCGCUGCAGUGAUCCGUACGUUUGUGUUAUUAUGGGUGAUUCAGAAUGAACCCUUUAAAACAACAAAAGACACACGAACAAACCAACCGAUGGAGGCAGCGGUAGACCAGCAGCUCCCGUGUCCUGCAACCUACAAUUAGUGUUUUUGUCAAUGUAGUCUGGUGGCUUUGGUGAAAUUACAGAUAACUGCUUCAGUUUCCCGUCAGCGGGCCGUCUGAGGCAUGUGAAGCGUUGAACAUGUUCUAAAUAUAACAUAACACUUAAACUGAUAUGAAAAGAGCCGAACUAUCCCUUUAAUAACUCGUAUAAGUGCAUGAAAGUACAUGAAAAUGCCUUUUUGAAGGCCAUAAAGUGUCUUUCUGAAGAUGUGCAUUGUAAUGAAGAAAUCUUAAUUAAGAGUUGGAAAUGCAUUUCAAGGCUUUGAGGAUUUUUUUAAAGGUUUUUUUUUUUUUUUUUUUACAACUCUGGUCAAUUUAAUAGUUUUUGGUCGUCUCUCAUCACGCCGCAAACUCGCAGAGAUUUGUGAACGAAGCUGCGUCGCUAAAAAAAGAAGUGUAAGUGCAGAGAGAUGCAAAAAUAAUACAGAUCUUAUCUGCGAUUCUUUUUUUAGCUCCAACCCUCUGCCCGUGUCUCUUUUCUCAUGAUCUGAAUUGAGGUCGAAAUUGGUUCGUUUCAUUUCUGCGAGCAAAAGAUUGUAUGAACUGAAGCACGAGCUGCUGAUGGAGAGCUGAUGUUUGCUAUAAAAGAGUCCCACAAAUAUGCAGACGCUUCACACAACAAACUUUGUUCUUUCUGAUGCAGAAAUGCAGCUUUUGUACGAAAGGACGAUGAAUUAAUGAGCUGUAAUUAUGUUUUUGUUUGCUUUUUGUAUCUGUUUUAUUUUUGCUUUUUGUGUUCCUAUUUAUUGUCUUGCGGGGGAUUUGAAAACCAAUAAACAUAUUUCACAACA